AAAGUGAAGAAACGCAUUUCCAUUUCAUAAAAUAAAGAGAUGGUGAUCAAAAAGGAGCCAUCCAUAGGGGCCCCUAAAGUGUCCGCGGCGAUCCCCUAGAUGUCCCGAUGUCCCGAUGUCCCACGCUGCUGAUAAGGGCUGAGGAAGGGAUGCGAAUCGGUCGCUACCGAGCGAGAGAGGUCCGAAUCGCGCGUGGGGUGCGGCGAAACUCCGAGACUAGAGGAGAGAAGAGAGCACGGCUAUCGAUCGAUAGCGACGCCUGUGCAGUGAGCGAGCCCGAGCCACGAUCGACGACCGUAGUGUAGAGCCCAGGGGAAACAAUCGCCGCCGCGUCGUCUCUUUGACGUAGCUCGCGCUCGACGCGCGCGAGAACGGCCGAGCGUUGACAGUGGUUGUUGUUCCCUUUCACGUGCUCCAAGCCGGUGAUUCCGUGGCUCGCGUCUCUCCCUCGCGCGUUCCUCGGCGAGGGGGACUCGCCUUCACCUCCUUGACUCCGCUCGAGCCACGCAGCCGGCUGACAGACGCAGCCGUUCGCAGCCGUUCGCAGCCGUUCGCAGCCGUUCGCAGCCGUUCGCGACGGCGGCAUCCUCGAAACGCGCCGUCAUGUGGCUGACAGUGCGAGAUACAUUAGGUGCGCGCCGACAGUGGUGAAUAUUCGUGCGUAUUUAUAGAACUGCGCCGGUUCUUCGCUUCGUUAUCGGGCUCCGGGCUCUCCCAUCGCCGCCGACGACGACGACGACGACGACGCGGCCGACGCUCUCCAUGAUCGCGAUGAAAAUUAAUCCCGAACGGAAAGCGCAAUUUUCACGCUGUUGAUACAAAUUGGCUGAACUUGUUACUCUGGAAACGGAAAAGAAGCGUCGGACGUUCGGCAUGACGUAAACUAGCUACAGCUAUCGCGAAAAAAUUGGGACGGCUGUACAAUAGAAAGGAAGAUAAAUAGGAAAAAAAAAAAAAACAGACAUUGAGUGCAAAAUGUCUGAAAACGAGACAAAGUCGGCUUCGCCGAUACCCACGGUUAUGUGUGCUCAAUGCUGCGACGGCGGUGGUGAUAGUGGUGGCGGCGGCGGUGGCGGAAGCGGUGGUGGUCUGACGACUAUACAAUGCCCGGCUCUGCAGGUCACCUCGCGGAUGUUGCGCUCGCCGAGUCACGAGAGCGUUACUACCGACCUGUCACUCUUCAGCGUGUCAUCGAUCGCGAGCGAUCUGCGUAGCGCCAACAGGUUGGUGACUUUCAAGUCCUAUAGCGACGCGCAUCUCACUGGACGGGGACCCUCGCCGAAGCCGGACCGACAGAUUCAGGGUAACAGGCCUGCGGACAUUCCAGAGAUUUUGUGGUUCGAGGAGGAAAAUGAGCUGAUCCGCAGCUGCGGUGUUCUAUCGUCGGCAUUGGGACUGCGCAAGAGCUUUAGUACGAGCGAUGUGUCGCAGCUUCCCAGCCCAGACGCGGCUGGAGCCGGUGGCCUACGAACAGCGGUGUCCGCGCUAGCCCUCGACACCGCUCAGCGCAACACCCUGCUGCUGGAGCACGCCAGGCUCGAUCAUGCCUCGAGAUCCUGCAGCACCUGGGUUGCCGUGGGUGAGCCCGUCGCUAGUACAUCCCAGCUUCCCAGCCCGCACGGAGGAACCGCGCAAGAGCAGCAGCCUCAGCAACAGCAGCAACAGUCGCAGUCGCAGUCGCAGCAGCUUCAAUCGCAGCAAUCCUCAAACACUCAAUCGGUGCCACAGCUACCGCCGCAACCACCAGCACCGCCGCCACCACCCGUGCCCUUCACCGGAGCGGAUCUCGUCAGGUCCGUCAAUAAGAAAGUUCGACAGAACUACAUAAGACGAAGGCUACUGACCACGUAUCGCGCUUUGGAGCGACUCUCGCAGAGUGAAUUUAAUCUAGACCAGUUAGAAGCCGCGGCUACCGCGGCGCAAAGCUCUCACGGGGCCACCUUGCUGGUACCCGGGACGGCCGUGGGAGUUCCUGGUGCUUCCUUGAUCGGGCGGAAGGAGCGGAAUCACGCGUUGACAGUACGGGACGUCGAGAGGGAACGCGGAAAUCAGCUGUCCAAGUACGAAAGAAACAUGAUGAUCUUUAACUGGCUCCACACUUUGGACGACAGCGCGGUCGUAGACAGCGUCGAAUAAGGGACAAGGAGAUCUCUCUCAGCAUCUCCCUCAACUCCGCUAAAUGUGCGACCUAUCGUGCCUAAGUCUCUUCCUCCUCGACACUACGAGGACGCUUCGUUGACACUAUAUUGUCGCAUCUCGGAGAAUACUGCUGAUAUGUAAGACUUCGCUCUUAUUGAUUAGCUAUAUUGAAUUAUGACGUCUAAAGUGACAAAUUGUGUGAACUUUCCCUUUGCAGUAUUCAUCGAAGUAAAUUGGUUUUUUUUCCAAUGCUCCAUUCUCUCAUUCGAUAAAAUAGAAUAAAUGCGUAAAACUCCUCUUUUUCAUAAACUCAUGCCGAGUUUAUUCAGGUUAGUUUUUACUGAAGUCCAUCAUUAAAGAGUUAAAUGUCGUUUAUUUUAUUUUUCUUUACUUUUUCCUCGCGUUUAAAUAUUACGAGAUGCACUUUAGGCGGACAGGAAAAAAACGAGUUGACAUUUAACAAAGAUGAAGUGCAUAUUCAUUAGGCGAGAAUUAACGAAUGAUUAUGUAAUUUAUACAUUCUCUAUGUUAACGGAACGUUAUCCUAUUUUAACAAAAAUGAGUCUCGAGCGAUUAAGAUUAGGAUUUACAACUAUCUAGUCAUGAAUUGAAAAGAGAAUGCGGCAUAUUUUAUUGAAUAUAAAUGAAAGCAUGUGUAAAAAGACUAAUUCAUUCCAAUGUAUAUUGCGAGAAUAAAUCGCUUCUACGAAUGUGAUGUAUAGUAUGAUUUCGUAUCAUAAGCAUAAUCUCUAGCACCCGAUGUCAUAAUCCAAUAUGGCUACAAUAAUGAGACAGGAGCUAUAAGCUAAAGUAACUAUCGCAAGACAUCCGUCCCUCCUCGUCCAGCGACACCGAUUGGCGUUGCUUUAACGAGUGUCUCCGAAGCAUUUCGUAAUAAAGGAAAAAUCCAGUUUUAUUGGCUACAUAAAAAGUGCAUAUAUAUGCAGAGAGUACAGACCUUAUAGGUCGCUUGAUUACUCCAUACUGAUGCACACUAUAGGCACGUUAUCUAACAAAGGCAAUCAUUUAACAAGGCCACGUAUAUGGAUGUGUGACAUGUGAAUAGAUCAAAAUACAACAAACACAUAUUCUCUUGUGUAUGUUAAAGCGAUUACACAUCUCUUUGAAGAAGAUUGGCUUUUAUGUUUUCUAAGCGUAUAUUGUUGAAACAGUAAGUGUGAGAAGAUAUUUUAAACAAAAGUUUUAUAUUUUCAAAGAUACUUUUUAAAGAUGUAUUCACAUUUUUUGAAAAUAUUAUAUCUCUUAAAAUAUCUCACUGUACAGUAUCGUUUUCAAAAAUUAAAAAUAUUUUUAUGACAAAACUAAGCUUAUUAAAGAUAAGUUUAACCAUAAAAAAUGUUAAGAAACGAUAAUGUCGAGAUACGUUUCUUCUCAAGUGCAAAAACGUAGCGUAAAUGUAUUUUGGCCGAUAAAAUAUCCAAUGUAUCAUUAUAUUAUGUAGCUGUUAUGAAUACGCUGUUUUAUGGGUUAAAAUACCUAUGUUCUGCUGUUACACUUAAAUCUCAAGUAUAACAGUUUUUACAGUGUGCAUGAGUGUGGAAUAGUGAAGGCAAAAUUCAUUAUAAAUUAUUAGAAAGAAAUUGAAGAAUCGACUUGGAAAUAUCCUUAAGUGCAGUACGAAGAGUAUACACUUGUACGUGUAUUUUUGGCAUUUUGCGAUCAGCUAAUUAUAAAAAUCUUUUAUCUGUAUUUUAUCUAAUAAUUCAUUGGUUAAAUUAUUGAAGUGAUACAUUUUGAGAUUACAAAUAUUUCUACGAUCUAACGAUAACAACAUGAUCACGUAUUUUUGUGCGGGAUUGCAUGGAACAUUUUGGUAGAACUACUCUACAGCCAGUAUUUGCAAAUUCAGUUUGCCAAGAGAUUUUAUAAUAUUUAGAGGCUAAUUUUAAUAAUUAACUAUUUAAAUUUAGUAAUUCCAUAGCGAAGUUUUCAUUGAAAGAAGCAACAACAACGUAGAAGCGACAGAAUGUAUAUCUUGUGUUAAGUACUUACAAUUAGACACAUAUCGAUAAGAAGUUUUCAAUCAACGUGAGUGGUACUGAAAGAGUGGUACCAAACUGUUGAUUAGAGCGAAAGAAAUUUUAACAAUAAUUGUAGACUGAGAACCUUACGACAUUUUGCAUUUGCAAUUAGCAUGGAUGAUAUAUAAAAUCGGAAACGAUACGCGUGUAAAGAUUAAUGAUGCGAGACGCAAUCUAAAGAGUUCUACUUAUGAAAUAUGAAUGAUCAUAUAGGCGAGAUUUAGCGUACUAGGACCUUUGUGAUUGUAUAUCCGGUACGAACGAAGAACUAGUCGUCUGAAAUUCCGUUUAUUAUAAACUUUAGACGAGUUCGUUAAUUUAUCGAUUGAUUAGUCACAUUAUGCGCAAAUGCAACUAUAAAAGCUCUGUAGAAGUUGUAUUUGCAUGUAAUGCGAUUGAUUAAAAAGACCCGCCUUCUAUAUGAGGAACUUGUUGCUGGAACUGGGAUAAAAUGUUAUUCGGAGUACAUACCUAAAAAAUAUUUAUAAUUCUGUGCGUGUUCUUUAUGAAAGUCUUAAUUGUCCAGUGUAACAGAAAAUCCGGAACAAUUGUAUUUCCUGCCCGACUAAUUAACGACAGAUUCACGUCAGUAUUACGCGCCGCAGCCGGAGAAAGUGUUUUUGGAAUAGUAAAUGGAUGUGUGAUCACAAUUAAUGUGCUUUUAUGUAUAUUAAAUGUUUUCCCUCUUCCAAAUGUAAUAUUCGCGAACAUCGCGAUAUUAUCUGGAGCAGAGAGUAAUGGAACAAAUAUAAGGUUUAUUAAGUA